GGGUACAGAACAGUUCAAAAGUCUCAUUUAUCUGAACAUAUGAGAACCCAUACUGGUGAAAAACCCUACAAUUGUGACCAGUGUGACUAUUCUACUGCACAUAAGUCCACUUUGUACAAACAUCUAGCCAAACACACUGGUGACAAGCCCUUCAUGUGUGGGGAGUGUGGGUACAGGGCAGCUCAGAAGUCUCAUUUAUCUGACCAUAUGAGAACUCACACUGGCGAAAAACCCUACAAGUGUGACCAGUGUGACUAUUCUGCAGCACAAAAGUCCACCUUAAAUGAACAUUUAGCCAUGCACACAGGGGAAAAACCCUACAAGUGUGACCAGUGUGACUAUUCUACUGCACAUAAGUCCACUUUGUACAAACAUCUAGCCAAACACACUGGUGAUAAGCCCUACAUGUGUGGGGAGUGUGGGUACAGGACAGCUCAGAAAUCUACCUUAUCCCGACAUAUGAGAACACACACAGGCGAAAAACCCUACAAGUGUGACCAGUGUGACUAUUCUGCUGUACAGAUGUUCACCUUGAAGCAACAUAUAGCCAAACACACUGGUGAUAAGCCCUACAUGUGUGGGGAAUGUGCAUACAGGACAGCUCAGAAGUCUGACUUAUCCCAACACAUGAAAACUCAUACCGGUGAAAAACCCUACAAGUGUGACCAGUGUGACUAUUCUGCUUCACGAAAAUCCUAUUUGGACCUACAUCAAGCCAAACAUACUGGUGAUAAACCCUACAUGUGUGGUGAAUGUGGGUUCAAGACAGCUAAGAAGUCUCAUUUAGCCGUACAUAUAAGAACUCAUACUGGAGAAAAACCCUACAAGUGUGACCAGUGUGACUAUUCUGCUGUACAGAAGUCCACCUUGAAGCAACAUAUAGCCAAACACACCGGUGAUAAGCCCUACAUGUGUGGUGAAUGUGGGUACAGGACAGCUUACAAGUCUGACUUAGUAAAACAUAUGAGAACUCAUACUGGUGUAAAACCCUACAAUUGUGACCUGUGUGACUAUUCUGCUGCAGAUAAGUCCGCCUUGAACCGACAUCUAGCCACACACACUGGUGACAAACCCUACAUGUGUGGAGAGUGCGGAUACAGGACAGCUCAGAGGUCUGACUUAACCCUACAUAUGAGAACUCAUACCGGUGAAAGACCCUACAAGUGUGACCAGUGUGACUAUUCUGCUGCGCUGAAAUCCACUUUGGACAACCAUCGUUAUAUGCACUGUUGAAAAACAAUUUAUGUCUGAGGAAAAUGCUUUCGACUCCUUUAUCCAAAUAGAUAGCGUACAAGUGUUGUAUGUCAUCUAGCUGUAUAAAUCAGAUCGAUGAGAAACUCUGAUUUCGCACACGUACUGAGGGAGUUGAAGACAUCUAUAGAUGUCAUAUCACGGCAAAGUCUUGGUCAGAACAUGGACAGAAAACUGCUGCAGUCUCCAGACUACCGCCACUGGUUCCGCUGUCGCCAUGGAGACACAUGGUAAACAACUACAAUGUGACAGUACCACAACAUAGUUAUGAUGCUUUGACACUACUACUCCAAUUUGAGAGACAUGGUACACCAGAGGUUUUAAUACCAGUAAUGAUUUCAAACGAGGUUAGAACAAAAAGAUGGGCAUGCUAACGAUUUAGUGAUAUGCGUACUGGUGUUACAUUGCGCUAUGAUAUGUUGCUGUGCUAUUGUAUUUUACUACAUGUACUAUUAAACAGUGCUAUUCAUAUACACAAUGCAAUGAUUGCGUGCGAAGCUGUAUUUGUAGACAUUGAAUUAAUCGUUGUUUCAAUGUAUAUGUCGGUCUCCUUGCCCCGGUCUUAAAACCUAUAAUGUAAUAUUUGGUGUAUAUAUGGCCGUAUAUUGGACAAGUGCCCACAGGACUCAUUUUACAUGUUUGGUAUUUGAAAAUUAAUCAUUUUUAUCAAAAAUGCACAUUUUGUUUGUCGUCGUGUGCCCUGGUAUGAAAACGAAAUAACUUAAAAAGGUGCGGCUGGGGCGCGCAUAGAAACACA